AUGAAGCUCUUCUCCUGCCUCUUGGCUCUUCUCCUUUUCCUCCUCCAGGCUGUUCCAGGUCUCAGCUUGCCCAGAGACACCUUACAUUGCCUUGAGUACCACGGGUACUGCUUCCAUUCCAAAUCCUGCCCAGAACCCUUUGUCGCCUUCGGAACCUGCGCUCGCCGACAGAAAACCUGCUGCAUAGACACGACAUCAAACUUCCACACUUGCCAAGAGGAGGGGGGGCACUGUGUGCCUCCUGCAAUCAACUGUCUGGAAGAGCAGGAGGGACUUUGUUCUCACCGAAAAUGGAAGUGCUGUGCAGAGGUGUAA